GGGGUGAGCAAACGACUUCUUACAAAAGCUGUGUUGCAAAAAGAAGGAAUAACGUUCAGAAAAGAACCAGAUGAUGAUGAUGACGAUGAUGAUGAUGAUGAUGACGAUGACGAUGACGAUGAUGAUGAUGAUGGUGAUGAUGAUGAUGAUGAUGAUGAUGAUGACGAAAGUGAGGAUGAUGACGAUGAUGACGAUGACGAUGAUGAUGAUGUUGACGAAGACGAAGAUAGUGAGGAUGAUGACGAUGAUGACGAUGAUGAUGAUGUUGACGAAGAUGAAGAUAGUGAGCAUCUCGAUGAUGAUGAUGAGGAUGAUGGCGAUGAUGAGGAUGAUGGCGAUGAUGAAGUUAGUGACGAUCUCGAUGAUGAUGAAAAUGAGUAAGCGCUCUGAAAAAAGGUUUCUGUGGCAACUGAUUUAGCGAGCAGUAAGAAGACUGAUAUUUCAGAAUAUAAUCCAUCAAAUAUUUUUGCUUGCGCGCGGGAUUGGUCUAAAUGCGUCACGUGACCGAAUAUAAACCAGCUAAAACUAGAGAAUAUCCGUGAAUACACUCCAAGUGACAUUCCCCGAUUUUCAAACCUUAACGUCCACUACAAUAGAAGUCUUCGUUUCCAAUUUAAUUCAAGAUUAGAGAGCGUUUUGUGGUUGUUACAGAAGGAAGGACAUGUUUUUGUGUUCAUACAGUUGUACCAGCGAACACUGAAAAGUGAACAUCCUUCGUAAUGAACGUUGAACUGUUCGUAAACACUUUCCCCGCGCGUUGCAAAAAUAAUUGAAGAAAGAUGAACACAAUAGCCUCUAUUUGGCGCAAAAAUCAAGAUCCUUUAGAUAUUUAUCUGGUUGAUGUUGAGUCCUUUUUUUGUCCUUUGAUAGGGAAUUAAAAGAGAUGGUUUAAGGGUUAUCAAACGACUUCUUACAAAAGCUGAGUUGAAAGAAAGAAGAAUAAGGUUCAGAAAAGAGCCAGAUGAUGAUGAUGACGAUGACGAUGAUAAUGAUGGUGAUGAUGAUGAUGAUGACGAAAGUGAGGAUGAUGACGAAGAUGAAGAUAGGGAAUUGAAACAGGAGUUGGAUGGAGGAUCCAUCGACUUCUUACAAAAGCUGAGCUGAAAGAAAAAAGAAUAAGGUUCAGAAAAGAGCCAGAUGAUGGUGAUGACGAUGACAAUGAUGAUGAUGAUGAUGACGAAAGUGAGGAUGAUGACGAUGACGAUGAUGAUAAUGACGAAGAUGAAGAUAGUGAGCAUCUCGAUGAUGAUGAUGAGGAUGAUGGCGACGAUGAAGUUAGUGACGAUCUCGAUGAUGAUGAUGAUGAAAAUGAGUAA